ACUCAUUUAGCAGUGUGCAUAUAUAGCAGUCCUGGUGUCGUGUGAGUGACAGGAUGACAGAUGAACGCGGACACACAGACAGAUGGCAAUGACGGGACGCAGACCAUCCAGCCUUUCACAGCCGAGGCUUGAUUCUAGUCUCCUUAAUCAUCGUGUUUUCUAUGCAGGGUUCGAUAUGGAUUAAUCUGCCGUGGCAACGAGUAAAGAGGCGAUUAUUAUUCCUUGGAAUACAUAAUCGGACUGCGGUGUUUGGUGGAGCGAGCUGAGCCUUUAGACGGCGUCUGAGGGAAUCACCCCUUCUCUUUAUGUCACAGCACGAUGUAGAGGCGUGCUUGAGGUCAACGGCUCUGCUGACGUCAUGGUAGACGUGGUGAUUGGAUUCCUGUCGUAAUCACUUCCUUUUGCUUUCCUCCGCGACAAUGGCGGCGUCGAGCCGAACCUUCCAUUGGGCGGACUAUCUCCUGUUCAUCCUGAUGCUCGCAGUGUCCUCCGCCAUCGGUGUCUUCUAUGCAUGCCAGGCUCGGCGGAAGGCCAUAACGAUGGACGCCCAUCUGACGGGAGACCGGAAGAUGACCCUCAUCCCCGUCACCUUCUCCAUCUGCGUCAGCUUCAUGUCUGCUGUCUUCAUCCUCGGCAUACCGUCCGAGAUCUACAACAACGGCGGCAUCUACUGGCUCUACGCCAUCGGCUACAUCCCCGUCUACAUCGUCAGUGCCCUUGUCUUCGUCCCAAUGUUCACCAGUCUCAACCUCAGUAGCGGAUACCAGUACUUGGAGCGACGUUUCAACGGUUACAUCCGGGUUCUCGGUUCAGCCACCUUUACAAUUGAAAUGGUGAGAUGCGACGUAAGGCACUGCAUGCGCGAGGGAUGCGACGUAAGGCACUGCAUGCGCGAGGGAUGCGACGUGAUCUACAUGGGGGUUGUGAUGUAUGCCCCGGCACUAGCGCUCAGUCAAGUGACGUCAUUCUCCACUGAAAUGUCAAUCCUCAUCAUGGGUGUCGUGUGCACUUUCUACACUUCUAUAGGAGGCAUCAAGGCAGUGAUCUGGACGGACGUCUUCCAGAUGUGCAUCAUCACGGCGGGGUUGCUGGCACUGAUGAUCCAGGGGGCGAUGAGUGUGGGGGGAUGGCAAGUGGUGCUGGAUCGAGUCCGGGAGGGAGGAAAGCUGCCGUACUUUGAGUGGAACCCCGAUCCAUUUGUACGUCACACGUUCUGGACGCUGUCUGUGGGCGGCUUCUUCACGUCACUGACGGUGUUCGCCGCCAACCAGGCCGUGCUGCAACGUUACAUGAGUCUCCCCGACACCAGACAAGCCAAGCUAUCUCUGCUCCUGAAUCUACCUCUGGCGGAAAUCUUUCUGGCGCUGGUGUGCCUCACUGGAUUCGUCAUCUACGCCCGCUUCCACAACGACGACCCCCUGAAGAACGGCAGCAUCACCAAGUCCGACCAGAUCGUGCCGUUUUAUAUGAUGGAGACAUUGGGCUUCAUCCCUGGGUUGACGGGAUUGUUCGUGGCCAGUGUCUUCAGUGCAGCGUUAAGCACCGUGUCGUCAGGCAUCAACUCCCUGGCUGUUGUCACCAUCGUCGACUUCAUCAAGCCAGCCCUGGACAAGUUCAGAUCAGGCCGGACCUCGGCCCGAUUCAUCGCCGUCCUCUCUCUAGCCACAGCUAUCAGCUAUGGGGUGAUAACGACGGGCGUGGCCUACCUCGCCGGACUCCUUGGCGCCACGGUGUUGCAGAUCGCCCUCAGCAUAUUCGGCAUGGUUGGAGGACCUCUACUGGGGCUCUUCGUCAACGGGAUGUUCGUCCCCUGUGUCAAUGCUUGGGGAGCCGCGGCGGGGCUGGUGAGCAGUUUGUCCAUUUGCAUGUGGCUGGGAGUUGGCGGAGCCUUACACAGAGCCAAAAAUGCCGUCGUCGCCAGCGCCAUCAACAACACCACCGUCAUCGCCUUCAGCAACACCACCAUUAACACAACACACACUAUUUUACAAUUUAUCAACACAAACACGUCGUAUGUCAAUCAGACUUCAAAUAGUUCAACAGCGAGAUAUGUCGGCGAUAUGACGACGACGCUGCCGCCGCCCAUGAACGUUACUGACGUUGCAACGACAACAAGUCUGGAUGCAUUCCUGUCCAAGUGGUACAGCCUGUCCUAUCUCCACUACGCCACAGUCGCCCUCAUCGUGUCAGUCGUCGUAGGGUUCCUUGUCUCCGCUUGUACAGGUUUUAAUAAGAAGCGAUACGUGGACAGAGAGACCUACUAUGAUGUACUGCGUUGCUGUAAGUCUGAUACAGAUAAAAAGUACGACCUUAAUUCGUAUGGGAUUACGGACUUGUCGCAGACAGACAGGAACGGCAAGAAGACAGAACUAGUCAACCUCCGUGACUCCACCACCACCUCCCACGAGUCUAUACACGAUGGCUCCCAUGUCUGACAAUGUUAACAUCAACCAGCCUGGUUCCCUGGGUAUGCUGCGCUGGCGCUCCGUGUAGCGCUUGCGCAGCAUACCCAGGGAACCAGGCUGUAACUUCAUAGGCCAGACCUUUUUAGCGACCUUGGUUUACCAAUAUGACAAUUCCCAACAAUUGAAAUGUGAAAAGAGUCAGAAAAGAAUUAAAAGCUAGGGGGCCUUUUACUCCACCGACCAGAAAUAAGUAUUUUAAAAUAAAAAUGGUCGCUAUCAAUGUUAACUAAAACCUGUUUAUAAUUCAUCUUACAAAUUUCAAAACAACGAUUUGUGACGAAUGCCUGUUCCUUCGCAUCCACAGUUCCCCCAACCUAAUUAACAUUUUUCGGAAAA